AUGGUCAAUGCAAUGGUUCCAGAUUCACUGAUCUCCGGCUUGUCGUCAGUUUCACAUCGUAAACCGGACUAUGCCCGUCGCUGUAUUCUGGUGCUUCUCAUUCAUGCUGUCUUCAUACUCGCCGUCUUCUUAGCCUUUUUUAUUGGCCAUUGGUUAUCAGAGCAAAAUGCGCCUCCGAAUACAACUUCAGACGAGCUCACACCGCGACGAAACUUCACCCUUUUGGAUGUCGUCCCACCAGCAUACGAGUCGUAUGAGUUCAUGGAGGAAUUGCAUGCGCGCCAAGGGAAGAGCAAGCAGGAUGUGCUUUUGGUUCCACUACCGACACACACUCUGCCACUUCAUUACGAUCUACAAUUAGAUAUGACCAAAUUCGAUCAGAAAAUGAUACGCGGGAGCUUGACGGUCCACCUGGAAUCUUUCGGAAACUCCACCGACGACGAAAUUCUCUUCCACGUUGGUCCUCGAGUAAAUAUUGAUCGGAUUCGCUUGAGAAAGGAAGGAAAAAGAGUUUAUCCAAAGACAUUGAGAAGAGAAGACCAGAAGAAGUUGGCCCGUGUUGUUCUCAAAGAGCGACUGAAGAGAGGAAGGUAUCUGUUGGAGAUCGAAUACAAUAUAACCAUUUGCGAUCCGGAAGGAGGUAAAACUUCCAAAUUUCAGGCGAACAAUUCGGCAGUGGCGUCAUUUACAACCAAGUUCGAGCCAGCAAUGGCGAGGUCAUUUGUUCCAUGCUGGGACGAUCCAGGAAUCAAGGCCACGUUCAACAUCUCUGUGGUGCACGGCUCCAGGUUUGUUGUACUGUCGAACAUGCCACGAAGCGGAGAGAAACGGCGGCGAGAUGGCACUACCCUUACUACGUUUCUGGAAACGCCCCCAAUGUCGACCUACUUGCUUGCUUUUGCGAUUGGCGAAUUCGUUUCUCUGGAGAUGAGAACUCAGCGAAAUUUGCCGCUGUCUAUUUGGACCCAUCCAGAAGACUUCCACUCGGCGCGAUUUCCCGCAAACUUCUCUCCAACGAUGUUUGAUAGGCUUGAGGAUGAGCUGGAGGUGCCGUACCCGCUGCCAAAAAUGGAUUUUAUCGCAGCACGGAGCUUCCCUGUGGGCGGCAUGGAAAACUGGGGCUCUCUCGAAGGUUUGCUCACGAUUGGUUCUUUUUUUUUGCUACCCGAGAGUUAUCGGGGCAACUCACGUAUUCCAUUAGAUUUGGAUAGCUUAAAUAUGACCGUUGACCGUCUCUACCAUGAAUAUCGAAUCGAGAAGAUCGUCACUCAUGAAAUCACUCAUCAAUGGUUCGGCAACCUCGUGACGAUGCGAGAUUGGUCUGACUUGUGGCUGAAUGAGGGCUUUGCGACGUACAUGACUUACGACAUGCUUCGACGGGAUCAUCCUAAGUUGGCUGAGAACGAGUAUCUAACGAGAUUGUGUCAGCUCGUUCGUAAACAGUCGACUUUGGAUCGGCCAGCAUUGGUCCGUCCGUUGACAACCGAAGGCGAGGUGGAGCAGUCAUUCCAUGGAACUCAUCUCUACUCCAAAGGAUCCAUACUGACUAAUAUGAUCCGCGAUCUGGUCUCCGAUUUCGAAUUCCGAGCUGGAGUACGCAGGUAUCUUCGGAAAAACGCCUACAGAUCGGUAGCGCGACAGGAGCUGUGGGAGAGCAUGCCUGCCUAUGCUGAUCACGGAGCCGAACAUGAACGGCUCAGUCAGGUUAUGGAAGGAUGGUUGGUGAACGAAGGCAUUCCUGAGUUGAACAUCAUUCGCAAUUAUGAGAAUGGUAUGAUUACGGUGAGCCAGAGACAGUGCGACGACCACAACCACAAAGUAUUUCUUUCAGACACUCAGGGCAGUGUAGGUACACUGUUGUUGACUCCAUGGGCAACGGCCAUACCUCCGUCGCCUAGAAUCCCAAUAGGCUGGCGUCGGGAGGAGCUCAGAAGGCCUAGGAACACUCCGAAGCCGAGUGAUCUGUGGAGCAUUCCGUUCAGUUACACAUUUGGGACUCCGAAAAGUACUGAAGGACAGGUUGUGAGAGAAUUUUGGCUGAAAAACCGAAGUGUUACAUUCGUAGAUGUCGAGUUGUCGUCAAGCCAACCACUUCUAGCCAAUCCACAUUGGGUGUAUCCCUACCGUGUAAACUACGACAUCACGAACUGGAAAAUGGUUGCUAGAUUGCUACACCAGAACUAUCGAGAAAUUCCGACCAAGUCUCGCAUACAAAUCCUGGUCGAUGCUGAAACUUUCCUCUCCCAGUCCGAUAUGCCACAUUUGUUCGUCUAUAUACUAGGAUACUUGGCUGAGGAGCAAGAUCUAGGAGUGUCUCUGAUAGGCAUGAAUGCGAUCUAUCGUCUUUUCGACUCAUUUCGAGGUGUCGAUCUUCCGGAACUGCAAUUGUAUUUGGCACCAGUAGUCGCUCAGCUUGAUAAACUUCUAGAUGAUAGUCAAACUGACACCGAACUCGCUGCUUUAUGGCUCAUUGAUCCAACGAGGUUGUCGAAGCUCUACCAACUGAGAUGUAUGACCAAUCGACCGACAUGCGAUCACCAAAAUCAGGCUCGACGAUGGAUGGUCUUCCCCAAUUCGAUUCAUGAUGACGUGCAUAAGCAGGCGACGGCAGUGUGUCAUUUCCUUUUCACUCACAAUGCUACUCGUGAGGUUUGUCUUUUAACCAAAAUAUCAACUCAGCUGAAAAGCAAAGGGACUCAUUGGUCGACUGCUGUCCAGCUGGCAAGCUGUUCUCAUGGUGAUCGAGUCGUCAAACUGGCUGCCAAACAAAUUGUCGCCACCAAAAACGCAGCAAUCUUUGCUUCCACACUGCAGUCAGAUUUUUCUUUGCACUAUAAUGCAAAGUUUCGAAAAGCUCUCUGGACACAAAUUGGAAAAAUGACGAAGCAAGAAAGAAGCUUGCUGUUCUCUGUUGACGAAGUAGAUCCACGUCCUGCCUCGAAAAUACUGCUUCACUCCAUCAGGACACUCGAAGAAUUGAGUCAGGUGCGAUCGUUAGUGGAGAGUUGGGGACAGAAAAUGUCAACACAUUUGGAAUACAUCGAACGAUACCUCCGAUGGAAACUCCAAGUUUCACGUUCUUCCUUGAAAGAAUUCUUCUCCAACCAUGCCACAAUCUAA